AUGAGUGAGUCAUCAGCAUCGGCGGCUUGGAGGCGAGCUGUGAUGCUAACGGAACUCGCCGAAUAUUUAGUAGGGCGUAACAUUUACGCUACGGAGACAACAUUGAACCCCCAGAGUAGCGCGCAGAAAGCGUUACGACAAGCUCCGAUGAAACUCAGCAUGCUGGAUGCUGAAGCUUCGGAUGACGAUGGACAGGAGUGGUAUGCGGAUGGGGACUUGGAUAUACAACCUUUUAUUCAGAAACUCACGCAGGUGAACGAUCGUUUACAGGCUUUGAAAGAUGCUGAACAACAGGAGGACAGCGAUCAAGCAGCGCGACAGAGAGUGCACAAGCGGUCCAGAACGACGCAACAAGAACAAUCGAGGAUUAGCCAGCGAGAUAGCGGAGGAGAUACAACUGUCACGGAACGUCAAGGAUCUCCGCAACAUUCUUCGCCCUAG